CUUCCGUACAGGUAUUAUCCAAUUAUUACUCAGUGGUGAUUGGUCUCUCUGUCACGCUUCAGUGCAUCGUUACAUCUAAUCCAUCUCUUACAAACGUGACAUGGAAUAAGAUAGAAAACGGACAGCAAACUAAUAUAGGAUCAAACAAUAGAUAUUCAGGAGGAAGUACUAAUACAACAUCUUUGACCAUUUCGAACGCAGUUGACUCGGAUGAAGGAUAUUACAUUUGUACCGCAGUAAAUGCAGUGGGCGAAGGUCAAAGUUCACAAACCUAUUUAGACGUUAUCGGAAGUAUAUUGACAGUCACAGUACCACAAUCAUCAUAUAGUGUGAAUUAUGGUCAAUCAGUACAGUUGGUAUGUACUGUAUCCGGAACUCCUGCAGUACAAAAUGUGUACUGGCAAAAGAUCACAAAUAGCGUUCAGACAAAUAUCAAUUCUACCACUAACGCGAACAAAUAUUCUGGAUCUACAAUAGGAACCUCGUCUCUGUCCAUCCUGAAUGCUGACAGUGAUGACGUAGGAUCCUACACAUGUUACGCUACAAACUCUGUUGGAACUGGACAGAGUCAACAAACUCAACUUUCUGUAGUUGGCAAUGAACCCUCAGUGACUGUUGGACAAGGAUAUACCAUUGCUAUUGGAAACUCGAUUACUUUGACUUGUACUAUAUUUGCCACCCCAUCAGCCACCAACGUUCAAUGGAAUAGAAUAACAAAUAAUGUACCUGUUGCAAUAAACGUUACCAGCAAUCCAACCAAAUAUUCAGGUGCUACUGUCAUUACACCAUCUUUGACAAUUUCUAACUGUGUUGAGGGUGAUGAAGGGUACUAUACUUGUCAAGCAACAAACUCCGUCGGAACAGGAAUUAGUACCCAGACCUUCUUAAACGUUCAAGGCACAAUACCUGUGGUUACCAUUGUCCAAUCACAGUAUAAUGUAAAUGUUGGUUCAUCCGUUACCAUGGUUUGUUCCGUAUCAGCAAAUCCUGUUCAUACAUCAGUUUAUUGGCAAAAAGAUGUAAAUGGAGUAGCAACAAAUAUCAAUCUCUCUCAGACGAGUAAAUACUCAGGAUCUACUACCACAUCACCAUCUUUGACUGUUCUGAAUGCUGUAAUUGCUGAUCAAGGAUAUUACACCUGUAAUGCACACAAUAGUGUCGGUACUGGUAGCAGCUCACAGACAUUUCUGGGUGUAUUGGGGAGCGUUCCUGUAGUAACCAUACUAUCAACCAGUUACUCUGUCAAUGUCGGAAACUUCAUUACAUUACAAUGUAUUGUAAUUGCCAAUCCAACAGCAACAAGUGUCACCUGGCAGCGUUACAUCAAUAAUGUAGCAACGGAUAUUAGCAUGUCUAGCGGACGUUACGGCGGAAGUUCAGUGAGUUCACCGUCUCUCGUCAUAAGUAAUACGGCUAUCUCAGACGAGGGGUUCUAUAUCUGUACAGCUACUAACAGUGUUGGAUCUGGGCAAAGUCCACAAAUAUUCUUGGAUGUUAUUGGAAGUAUUCCCACUGUUACUGUUCCACAAUCUAGCUACACAGUAAACAGUGGAUCAUCAGUUACACUACAAUGUAUCUAUACUGCCAACCCAGCAGCUACCAGUGUUAUGUGGGAAAGAACUAUAGCCAAUCAGGUCACAGUAAUAUCCACAGCCAGCAAUAAAUAUGAUGGUUCUACCACACAGUCACCAUCUUUGAUAUUAAAUAACGCUGACGAGUCUGACCAGGCCAAUUAUGUUUGUAAAGUAAUCAACAGUAUAGGAACUGGAAUCAGCUCUCCUACAAUUCUUGACGUUUUGGGCAACAUACCUGUUAUUACAACGCCUACAUCAGCAUAUACAGUAAUUAUUGGUGGUUCUGUUACCAUAACAUGUACCGUGACAGCUAACCCACAGCACACUAGCGUUUACUGGCAGUUUACAUCAAGUGGUUCAUUAACCAAUGUGGACAUUGGAGGAAGGUUCAGUGGCUCAACAGUCAGCUCACCAUCUCUAACAAUAUCAAAUGCACAGUUAUCAGAUCGGGGAACAUAUGUUUGCUAUGCUACCAACAAUGUAGGAACAGGACAGAGUACACAUGUUGUACUGGCUGUUACUGGCAGUGUUCCUAGUGUGAGUCUUACACGGACAUCUUUUACUGGUAAUUAUGGUGAUACAAUUACACUUGGUUGUACUGUAUCCGCAAAUCCUGCUGCUAGCUCUGUUUACUGGCAGAAAGUAUCGGAAAGUACAACUUCCACUGUAGACAUGUCUAACUCAAGAUAUACUGGAUCAUCGGUCAGUACACCAUCCCUAACCAUAAACAAUCUCAAUAGUAAUGAUGCUGGGAAUUAUAUAUGUCUAGCCGCCAAUUCAGUUGGAACUGGUCAGAGUAUACAAGGACCUUUAACGGUUAUUGGAAACGUCCCUGUAGUAACAGUACGUCAAUCAACUUACUCAUCAAACAUUGGGAAUACCAUCACACUUGCGUCUGUAGUGUCAGCAAACCCUGCACACACUGCUGUUUACUGGACACGUCAGAUCAACAAUGGCAAUACUGAAACUCUAAAUCCUGCUUCCUCCUCAAAAUAUUCCGGAUCAACUACACAGUCACCGUCACUGACUAUAAAUAAUGCAGACAUAUCUGAUGAAGGCAAAUAUAUAUGUCAUGCAACUAAUAUUGUUGGCACAGGUCAAAGUUCAGAGACAUUCUUAGAUGUUAUUGGAAAUAUCCCAAAUGUAACAGCGUCAAUACUUGUCUCCUCCGUCCAAGUGGGAAGUCCUGUGACAAUUAGAUGUAUCGUGAUAUCAACACCAGCAGCUACUCAGAUAUUAUGGCAGAGAAAUGUAAAUAAUGCCGACACAACUAUGGAUUUAAGUAGUAUCAGAUACAGUGGAGGAACGACAUUUAACCCGUCUCUUACUAUCAUCAGUGUACAAUCAGGUGAUCAAGGACAGUAUUUUUGUCAAGCUUCCAACAGCGAGGGAACAGGAACUAGUAAUACUGUCUAUCUAACUGUUACUGGAGAUGCACCUACAUCAAUUGCUAUAAGUCCCAGUCCAAUAUCUGUAAAUGAAGACCAGACUAUAACAGCUUACUGUACAGUUCAGGGCAGUCCAACAAUAACAUACAUCUGGUUUAAGGGCAAUUCCACUACACAGUUUUCCGAUGGUUAUAUACUUCAGAUACCUUCCUCAAAACGGACGGAUGCUGGAACAUACAAAUGUAGGGCUUCGAACACCUAUGGUAAUGCUAACGCAACUGUUUCAGUGGAAGUUAAAUAUGUACCAGAUGUAAAUAUCACACAGCCGUCUCAAGGCUUUCGCGGACAGGCUAUUACAAUAAGAUGCUCCUACGUUUCUAACCCUGCAGCUACUAAUGUUAUAUGGAGUAAAGGAAACCAAGGCAUUACUGUUGAUGGUAACAAAUACGAAGGCGGUAGCUUGUCCAAUCCUGAUCUUACAAUCACUAAUCUGGGUGCUUCUGACCGAGCGUCAUACAAAUGUUCAGUAGUGAACGCCCUGGGACAAGGUGAUUCAUCAUCUGUCACUCUUUCGGUUGAUUUAUCAGCUGCACCAUCAAUCAUAAGAAUAGUACCAGCAGGUGUUGUAGUUCAAGAAGGUCACAGUUUCAGCCUGACUUGUGAGGCUGAUGGUGAUCCUGCCCCAACAUACAACUGGUAUCAAAAUGACAUGAUUAUACGAACAGGUGCUGUCUAUGCCAUUCCUAAUGCCAAUUGGAUUGAACAUGAUGGUUUAAUUUUGUGUAGGGCUACCAACACUAUGGGGAGCAGACAGACAUGGGAAGAUGUUGAUGUUCAGCAUGUACCAGUGAGUAAUGUUACACAGACAAGCAUAUCACAAACUGUUGGUAAUCCUGUCCGUCUUAGCUGUGACACACGAGCUAAUCCAUCGGCUACUGUUUGGGAAUGGUUUAAUAAUGGUGCCCCUAUGCCGGAUACCAGCAAGGUGCUAUAUGUUGAUAUGGAUGCUGCUAGUGCAGCUAGAGCAUAUACCUGUAAAGCUACAAACGUUAUAGGAAAAUCACCUGAAAUUACUUUCAAUAUUCGUAUAGUUACGACAACUGAUCCUGACCCUAUACCAGAUCCAGAUCCACUAACUGCUGGUGAAAUAGCUGCAAUCAUCUUAGCCUGUGUCUUUGUUGUACUGUUGAUUAUCGGAGUCAUUGUAUGCUGUUGUUGUCAAGAUAAAUGUUCCUCCUUGUGUGGUGGAAAGAAAGAACAAAUCAGUCCACAACCAGCACCUAAGAGAGUUGAGAUACCUGUGUACUAUGAAGAACCAGACGAAUCGGUUAUUUCAUUCCGUAAAUUAGAAAUACCAAAAUUUAAGAAGGUUACAUCACCAAAAAAAAAGAGGAACAUUUUAGAGUAA